CACCUCCCUUAUCGGGGGUUGAUAUGCUGGCAGGGGUGGCAUGCGAGAAAGAAGAAGAGCUGAGCGAGAAGAGCGAGCAGAAGCAGCAGCAAUGCAGCAUGUCAUCUUAAACACUUUAUGAAGGCCGACACUCACUUGCUUGACUUGGCUGACUGCACUCGUCCGUCCCUCCGCCGGGCUAUAUCACUGUCCCACCUCCCCUUGCUCCUCUUCCCUUCUUCCUUCCUUCUUCUUCAUACUUCCUUCGCUCCUCCUCCCCUCCGCAAAUCAAUCGUUUUCUCUUGCUCUCUGUCCCCCAUCUCCUUGCCAGUCAUUCGUUUUGCUGGCUCGUCUUCUGUUUGAAUAAUACAGCCCGCGCUACCUAAUCUCUAAAUCCGAAUCCCCAGACGUCGAUCGUGAUGCGUGGAAUCCUCUCGUUGGCCGCGGCCGUUGCCAUGCUCGGAUCCGCAAGUGCUGCUCUCGAUCCCGUCACCGUCAAGGGAAAUGCCUUCUUCGUCGGUGAUGAGCGUUUCUACAUCCGUGGUGUCGACUACCAGCCCGGUGGACAGUCCAACCUGAUGGAUCCCAUUGCCAACUUGGAGGAUUGCCAGCGUGACAUCCCACUCUUCAAGGAGCUCGGUCUCAAUGCCAUCCGUAUCUACACUGUCGACAACUCUGCCGAUCACGACGAGUGCAUGAAGGAGCUCGAUGAUGCUGGCAUCUAUCUGUUGUUGGAUGUCAACACCCCCACCAUCUCCAUCAACCGUGCCGACCCUGCUGCUACCUACAACGAGAAAUACCUGCAGCACGUCUUUGCUACCAUCGAUGUCUUCUCCAAGUACGACAACACCCUGGCCUUCUUCUCGGCCAACGAGGUCGUCAACGAUGUCGACACCACCGGUGCCGCUACCUACGUCAAGGCUGUGACCAGGGACAUGCGCAAGUACAUCAAGGAGCGCAAGCUCAGGUCCAUCCCUGUUGGCUACAGUGCCGCCGAUGUUGCCGAGAAUCGUAUGGAGGUGGCCAAGUACCUCAACUGCGGAGACGACGAGGAUGCCAGGAGUGACUUCUUUGCUGUCAACGACUACUCGUGGUGCGGUGACUCGUCGUUCACCACCUCCAACUGGAACGAGAAGGUCGAGAACUACACCGACUACUCGAUCCCCAUCUUCCUGUCGGAGUACGGCUGCAACGUUCCUUCCCCGCGCAAGUUCGGCGAGGUUACGACCCUUUACAGUGACAAGAUGUCGCCCGUCUUCUCCGGUGGCCUCGUCUUUGAGUACUCGCAGGAGCCCAACAACUUUGGACUCGUCGAGAUCUCGGACGAUCGUGCAUCCGUCGACAAGCUCGGUGAUUUCGAGGCUCUGAAGGAGCAGUUUUCCAAGGCCAAGAACCCCUCCGGUGACGGUGGGUUCCAGGAAGGUCUCGACGUCUCAGAGUGCCCCGGCUUUGUUCAGGGCCGAUGGGAAGCCAACAACACCCUCCCCACCCUGCCGUCGGCUGCUCAGAAGUACUACACUGAGGGUGCUGGCAAACCUCUGGGUGACCAGAACCUGAUGGCUGGUGGUACCACUACUGGCAGCGCUUCCGGUACCAGCAGUGCUAAGCCUUCCGGAACCGGCUCGGGCGACACGAACGCCGCCCCCAGCGACCGUUCCUUCUCGGCCGUCGUUCUUGCAUGCAUCGUCGGAGCUUCGACCCUCGCUGGCGCCAUGUUUGUGAUGUAAGGGGGAGGACAGUGGUGAUGAUGGAUUGACGUUAAUACGAAGGAUGGGACGAUUCUCGGUGAUUCAAAUUUUUUUUUUUUUGCGACGCUAUUCUGUUGUGUGUGAAAAGUAUUGGGGUUUUCUUUACGGUUUAUGAGGAAGAGGGAGAGAGGAGUAUAUCCACUUGUGUAUCGAUACCUGAGUCUUAAGUGUACUCUUUACUACUGGAACCAGCUUUGAGCGGGAGUCUUUUUGUUUUUUUACCCCCAUUACAGUAUGAUAUAGUACAUAGGACAGAGGAGGUUAUGGAAUAGAAGAGAGAAACUGUAUGCUUAUUUGUGGUUUUCUAUGCUUAUUUUGUGGUUUGCUUGUGCCUGAAGACUGG